CGGCCUGAGGGACUGCGCGGGAACAUCCCGAACCCGAGAGGCCCCGCCCGGUUUGAUAAAAAUGGAGUCCUUUGACACGCUAAACCUGAACCAGUGGCAGAAGCAUUACUUCAAUACCAUCUCCAAUACCUGCACACCUCGACACAGAGCAGAUGCUUACCGGGGACAUAUUUUGCAGUUGCAGUACUCAUUGGCAAAGUCAGAUAUAUCUCAGGACUGCACUGCCAGCUUAUUUAGAAGAUGCACUGAAAAAUAUUCAGCCAUUGUUGACUCUGACAAUGCGGAGACUGGGUUGAACAAUUAUGCUGACAGUGUUCUCAGCUUAUCAAGAUGUCAGAAGAAUGAGAGUGAGCAGUGGCAGUCUUCACUGUCCGCCAGUAGCAUUAGCAAAUUAAAAAGUGUGCAGGACAUGGUUAAAUCUAGCAGUGAAGCCUCAGCCUCACUAGUUUCAGCAAAAGAUGUUUCCAUGGUAAUAGGUAAAGCUAAUCAAAUAGAAAUAUCGGGUUGUCAUAAAACAACACCUUCCAGUAAUACUGGAAACUCCGUUCCAAAAGAUACGCAUUUAAUUGCCUCGCUAUCUGAUGUUGCUUUAAGAAAUGUUAGUGAAAAAUAUGCUACAGACAAUAGAAAAUGCCAAACCUUUACUAUUUCAUCUUUAAACUGUCUGCAGAAUGUGCACCAACGACUAGAUACUAAGCCUGGAGCAGAUGAAACCAACACUUUAGACUCUUCAAGUACAUUCUCAUUGACAAGCUCCAAAAAUAUUCAUUGUGAUCAGUUUGGUUCUAAUGAAGUGUCUGCAAAUUGUCCAUCAAUGUCAGCUAACGCUCCAGCUCAUGCAGGUCAAACGGGAACUGUUUCUGGACAAAAUGUGCCUUUUGGCAACCAUUUAUCUCUUCUUGCACCUCUCAGUUCCUCAAAGAGGAAAAUGUUCUAUGGCUCUGGAGAUGGAGGUACUGAGUCAUGUAAUAGCACAAGUUAUGGUCAUUUUCAGAAUCGAAACAUAGCUAAUUCUUACCAAAAGAAUUUUGAUGGUGGAUCCAGAAAUGGAAAAUAUGAUGGUCAUGCUGUUGAUGAAGGCAGUGUAAUUGCUUUUAAAACUGCUAAGGUGCAAUUGUACAUCGAUCAGCAGAAAAAGUUUGGCAACCAGAAUCAACGUCCAAUGGCAUUGAAUAAUUGCACAAAGAAGUCACUUGGCACAGCAAGAUCCCGGGGGUUAUUUGGCAAAUUUGUUUCCCCGGCAUCAAAACAGGACAGUGGGGAUGAAAAUUGCCAAAUGUCUGCAGGGCUUUAUGGGAACAAUUCUGAUGAAACCUCCCUCCCAGUAGAUGAACGCUUGAAGAAUCUUGAGCCCAAAAUGAUUCAACUUAUUAUGAGUGAAAUUAUGGACCACGGACCCCCUGUGAACUGGGAUGAUAUUGCUGGGUUGGAGUUUGCCAAAUCAACUAUUAAGGAGAUAGUGGUUUGGCCUAUGCUUCGACCGGAUAUAUUUACCGGACUCCGUGGUCCUCCCAAAGGAAUUCUGUUGUUUGGCCCUCCUGGUACUGGUAAAACUCUGAUUGGUAAAUGCAUUGCGUGUCAGUCAGGGGCUACCUUUUUCAGUAUUAGUGCUUCAUCGUUAACUUCGAAGUGGGUUGGAGAAGGGGAAAAAAUGGUCCGUGCAAUGUUUGCUGUAGCACGCUGUCACCAGCCUGCGGUCAUCUUCAUUGAUGAGAUUGACUCUCUUCUUUCUCAGCGAGUUGAUGGGGAACAUGAUUCUUCACGUAGAAUUAAAACUGAAUUUUUGGUCCAAUUGGAUGGUGCCAGCACUUCAGCAGAUGACCGGAUACUUGUGGUCGGAGCCACAAAUCGGCCCCAGGAAAUAGAUGAGGCAGCUCGCAGACGCUUGGUCAAAAGACUAUACAUACCUUUGCCUGAAGGAUCAGCAAGGCAGCAAAUAGUGGUGAAGUUAAUGUCCCGUGAAAACUGUCCUCUGAGUCCAGAGGAACUGGAACUGAUUAUUCAACAUUCAGAAGGAUUUUCAGGUGCUGACAUGACGCAGCUGUGUUGCGAGGCUGCUUUAGGACCCAUUCGUAGUAUUCAGAUAGCGGAUAUCUCCACUAUCACACCUGAUCAAGUACGACCUAUUAAAUAUAUAGACUUUGAAAAUGCUUUUGCAAAUGUGAGGCCAAGUGUUUCUCAAAAAGACUUGGAACUAUAUGAGGAAUGGAAUAAAAUGUUUGGCUGUGGCCGAUGACUGACUUAAAAUGGGAAUAUUUGAGCAUUUAACAUUGUUUUACAAAGAACUCGAAUAGAAAUCUGUUUGUACUGUUUGAUGUUUCGGUUCCUACCAUUGCAAUAAAGUUGACUAUAAAAAAGCUAA